AUGGCCGCUUCCCACUUGAUGAACGAGUGCAAACUUCUUGAACAUGCACCGGACUUUGCCAAAUCCCGACCUGAGGCAUACCUGGACAACGUCAAGACUGAAUACGCAGCUAAACUCGCUGUAUGCGAGAUUCUCAGUGCUCAGCCUGCCAAUCCAGCACCGCCACCGUAUUGCGACAUCCUGGUUCCGGCGACGAAGCACUGUGGUAAAGCGAGUGGCUGGUGGCAUGCUCAGCCAGAAGUACCUGAUGACAAGCAGUGCUAUCCAGGGUUCAAGGACUAUCAGUAUACUCAAUGCCUCAAGAGUCUCCAGUCAACACCUCAGUACUGGAUCUCUUUUAGCAAUGCCCGUCAAAAUGCGGUGGUCAUGUGCCAGGCCAGCAGAGAUGCCAUUGAGCGAGAGAACCACCUUGAGACUUUUAAGAACCUAACUCAAGUCUUGGGUGGAGUGACUUCCACCAUGCAGAAGACGACUGAGGAAUACGAAUCUUUGAUUAGAGAACAGAGAAAGUAUUCUGAAGAAGCCCGAGACUCACAUCAUCGACUGCAAGACGACAUACAAGCUAUCCAAGAGAAAGCCGUCGCCACUGUCGGCGCUCUCGACAACAAAUUCAACAUCUUCAUGAAGUCCUCAAUAUCCGAACUCAUCACCACACUAGCCAACAGCCAGAGCAACGAAAUUGACCGAAUCCAUGAGAGCAUGCAAGCCUUUUCCCAAGACCUAAUAUCAGAGAGUUCGCACCUCGCCAAAUACUUCACCGGCGAACUCCAACAAUACCACGAACAUGUCCUGGCCAACCUCCAAACAAACCAUGAAGCACAAGUCAACAGCUACACCGUCUUAUCCAGCUACAUGGGUGUCGCCCAGGACACAAUCAACAAAACAAACGACAUCGCAGACCACUCCCUCUCAAAAGUCAAUACCAUCGCCCAGCGACUAGACAUCUUCGAGACGCAGACUGAACACAUCGCCGAAGGUUUCGCUUUCCUCAACGCCAUUCCUGCACUCGUCGCUCUACUCUUUCGCGGCCUCGUUGCUUCGAUCGGUACACUGUUUCUCUUCACCGUUCUGUACAAGGUCAACGUCAAACUCGCUACCUACACAGCCGGCGCAUGCAGUUCGGCAUUCCUCCUACAUACCUGCGGCGUGUUCGAUUGGAUUGGAAGGCUCCCUUCCAUUGUCGCUAAUGUUCAUGCCCAAAGCCCACUCGCGACCGUCGCGGAUAUGUCGGCUUGGCAAAAGGGUGCGGGUAUCGUGCUUUUGCUGUGGGCUAGUGCGUAUCCUGUGUGUCGCAUCAAUGCGUACCUCGGGGCUUUCAUUGCAGUGGGACUGAGGAGGCUCCUUGGACCGCUGUGGUUUAGCGAGUAUAGCAACGAUGGCGGUGUGGGUUAUCUGUCUAGGGUUGAGAUACCUGCUGGGGCAGGGAAGGUAUGA